UACAACUACAGCUCCACCUACUACAACUACCCCUACCACACCUACCACAACUCCCCCUACCACAACUACAACUCUAGCUACUACAACUCCACCUACCACAACUACAACUCCCCCUACCACAACUACAACUCCACCUACUACAACUACAACUCCCCUAUCACAACUACAAGUCCACCUACUACAACUACCCCUACCACAACUACCACAACUCCCCCUACCACAACUGCAACUCCCCCUACCACAACUACAACUCCACCUACUACAACUACAACUCCACCUACCACAACUACCACAACUCCACCUACUACAACUCUCCCUAAUACAACUCCCCCUACCACAACUACAACUCCACCUACUACAACUACAACUCCCCCUACCACAACUACAACUCCACGUACUACGACUACAACUCCCCUUACCACAACAACUCCACCUACUACAACAACUCUCCCUACUACAACUACAACUCCCCCUACCACAACUACAACUCCACCUACUACAACUACAACUCCCCCUACCACAACUACAACUCCACCUACUACAACUACAACUCCCCUUACCACAACAACUCCACCUACUACAACAACUCUCCCUACCACAACUACAACUCCCCCUAGCACAACUCCAGGUUCUGGAAACCCUUGCAUAGGAAAGGAUAUUGGGUACUUCACCAACCCUGCAGACCCAAAAAGUUUUUACCAAUGUGUUAAUGGUGGAUUCUUCAUUGUAAGCUGCUCAGUAGGUUUGGUCUUUGACCAAAGCUGCAACUGCUGUAACUUCCCAAGUAAAUAAAGAGUUGCACAUGUAUAAUUUCACUAUCCAUGAUAAUAUUUAUUCUUAUUAAGAAAUGGUUGGCUACAUAGAAGUCACAUAUAGUCUAUAUACUUUCAUCAAUUUGUAACUUUGUGUACAAAGUGUUAGUGGCAAUGUCCUCCUAUCCAUGGCUGUUAAAAAACAAUAUUAUUUAAUUUACACAUAUACAUAAUACAAACACAAACAACUUGUACUGUAUAUAUUCAAUUGUUUUCCUGUUGCUGUCUGUUAAUUGUAGGUGUAUCUACACCUACACUAGUUGGGUGUGUAUGUUCUUUUUUUUUUUUUUACUUGCCCUCAUUUCAUCUGACAUACCUUACUUAAUUAUAUGGUUGUUGUGUAUCCAUGUCAUGGGUUUGUUCUUUGAUUUAUAUUUAGCCAUUGCGUAAGAUUUGCCCUACAUAAGGACACAGAUGUUGCAUAUUGCAUAUAUUUAUAUACUGAAUGUCUACA